AUGACCAGUUACGAAGCUGCAGAGGAUCGAAUAGGUAGAACGAAAGUAACAACAGCUUUUUUCAAGAAAUUAGGUGAAAAAUUGAGAAAUUAUCAAAGAUAUCAGAAUCCGGUGCAACAUUCCCAAUCAUCAAGCAUUUCUUCACUCGAUUUGGAUAGUAACGUAAAAGCUUCCGGCGAAUCGAUUUCAUCGGACAGAUUACAAACUGCUAAAAAAGAUUACACUGAACAAAUUGUUGAAAAAAAAUCAAAAGAUAGAGAAAAGAGGUGGCAAAUAGAGAAAGAGAAGAAUGGAAUGAAGGAGAAAUUGGAAGACAUUAGAAAAGUGAAAAGUCAAAAUAAGCAGAAAGGCAAAGAAUUAAUUGGGAAGAAGGAAAAAAGUUCCGUAACAGAUAGUAGCAAAGUAUCAGAAAAUGAAGAACCAAGCACUACUGCAACUAAUACAAGCUCUAAGUCACUGGCAAUAAGUGAAAAAUUAGCCGAUGAAUUUCAUGGAAGUAUAAAAACUAAUUUCAAUCUUGGCAACAAUAAUAUCUUAUCAAUUUUACAAUCCAAAAGUGAUCCGAAUGCGAUCAUUUAUGAUUUACAAAAUUCAAAUGGUUGUAAAAUACACUUGGAAAAAGUGAAUAAUCGAGCGAUGUUACUAUCAGUUGAUAAUACCGGCAAACGUCUUUAUAUUAGCUGUAAUUAUUAA